CUCGUCAUUCCAUCCAUCCCCUUUUAUCGCGUCCCGCGUUACGGUGCUCGGGUUUGGGCUCUCGCUUCUUCUUCUAAUGCUUGGCUCCUGAGCUGGACUCUUCCUUACUGCUCGUCUUCUUUGAAGCAUCGCCAGAUUCGUUUUCUCAUAGGCACCUUGAAGGUACCGGCCCCUGGUGGGCAUGUUACGCUCCCGCCUUGCUCCGUUGACACUCGCUGUCCACGGGUUGGAGAAGCCAUCCGCCCAAGAAUUUGUCGAGCAUCCAGAUUUUCGGCAAAUCUGCGCGUUCUUCCUGGGAUGGGUCUUCUUUUGCAGCCUUCACUACAUUGCCGUUUCGCCUUUUCUGCGUAGUGUCAUCAGUCUCGUCACGCAACGACUAGCCAACAAGCACGCGAAAUUCGACCCGGAAGCGCGUCCUACUUCCCUCACGGAUGAGAAGGAGAAGAGCAUCAUCGCUUGGCGGCGGGACAGCGAGGCCAGCGAAUAUGUCGAACCAAAUCUUCUCUCGCUCAAGAGAGAUAAUCAUAUCUUGACUUUCACCUUAUCACUCUGUCUCGCCUUCGCAAGCGUGGCUCAAUUUGCUUCUCUAUUAGCUUUUAGCGGGAAGGGCGGCGCAAGUUGCGCCUUUGUAGUCGCCUGGGGUGGCGUGGCGAAUCAGUUGGCUCGACUUGUCGGACUUUUAACAGUCAUAUUGGAGCUCAGACAGCUUGGAAUUGCACGUUACGAGGAUAUAUUGUGUUGGACGUGGAUCUCCGUUGGGCUGGUUUUUGUCUUCGUCACAAAUGCAAUCAGCACUGGUGCCGUUCAGCAAGUUCCAUUCCUCCCGCACACAUUCUUAUGCUAUAGGAGGCAUUUCUUGCCAACGUCCAUUGUUUCCUCCCUCGUAUACCUUUCUCUUGAGAUAUACAUAACAAUUCGUUCCUUUUUACAUGUUUCCGAGCCCAAGGACCGGUCGUGGCAAGACCUUGCCGAUACACAAGUGUUGCGGGGCUUGAGCUUGAUGUUCCUAGAGCUUUUGACUAUCGGCCCUAGUGCGGCACCCACCACACUUGUGGGUGAUUUUGUCCCAUUUUCCAUUGGGGCCAUCGCAGUGCUCGUUGCGUUCAAUCAUCACCAUACCCGUGCGUCGGAGAUCCCGGUCAUCGUAUCACAACCCCAGUCAAAGGGCGUCGGCCGAAACUCCCGCCCAUCGACCUACUUGAAACCAUCUCCAUCGCAUUCCGUUCACUCCAUCAACUUGAAGAUCGGUCAACCUUAUUUUCCGCAUCAUCCGUUUGCGAACCCCGGCUUCAACGAUGACCAUGACGAUGAUCCUGCUCCCAUGAGCCCCAUGACUGCUCGCACUUCGCUGACCAUCGACUCUGCAAUGGAGAAAAGUGUCAAAAACGCCGUAAUCGGCAAGGCGUCACGCAUCUCCAAGAUUCCCGAUGUUCCAGCCAGGAUGCACCACGCUCCCGGGCGUUCUACUCUGGAGUUGAUCACUGUGCCACAACCUACGAGGAAAAGUUCAGCAGCGGAAUUGGGCGAUGGGCCAUGGAGACAUACACAAAGCCUGUUCAGUGGUUCGAGACUUCCACAGCAAGAUGGACAAGGGACAUCAAGCGCACGACCCACGCAUCGGCGCGAUCCAUCAAGAAAGAUCGUUCAAGAUCAGGUCCAGUUGGCCGAACACUUGGAACAACAGCUGGAAGAGCGUGUAUCCAGUACCCCUACGGGUCCCGUUCCUCCACCAGCAAGGCCUAGGAUUGAAACGCCGAGGGUAGAAACUACGUUCACGUCGCUAUCCGAAUCUCAACCCCUGAGCCCCCACUCAACGACUACUAUGAACUCGGCUAUUUAUGGCUCGGAUAUUGUUCGUUUCACCUCAAAGGUCGACAAGACAAAGCGUCCAUCCAGGUCUCUGCGACGACUUGUAUCUCGAUCGUCAAUGACGCCGUCCUCGUCGGAGGGCUCCUCAACCACGGUGUCACCGACGAACCGUCGACCGGUAUCGUUGGUAUCUACGGCAGCCUCUCACAUCAAGGAGAGCCUACCGGCUGUAGUAGAGGGUGAACAGCAACCGCCUGCUGGGCGGAGCAGAGCGCCCACGUUCGGUGAAGCCGCGUUCAGACGUGCUGGAUAUGGUUCAUCUUUGGCUGCGAUUAUGGGCAAUGACUCUGGGCCUAUGCCGCCAAGUAGACAAUUGUUGCGCCCUCCAAGUCGGCUUAUCCGUGGACCUCGCUUGCCUCCGCCUGUCGCAGGAGGCAGGGACAAUCUAUCGAGAACAGUCGCCUCGGACUCCCGCUCGCCACUCACUCGGAUACCGAUACUAGCUUCAUUUGAGCCAGAAUCAUCCGUAGUAUCGCCGCCGCUCUCUGGCUCGACUUCGACACCCUCUACGCAGCCAGUUUAGCGCGGGCGAUUCGGAUGCGUCCUCGUCCACCGUGCGCCCAUAAGAUGAUAGCGGAAAU